UGUGAAUCAGUGUUUAAUUUUUUUGUAUUUUUUUUAUGUCAGUUAAUUGCUACGUAUCUUGGGCUGUCAUGGGUUUUCAAUAUUGUUGUGCCCCGGGUUGCAAAAGAUCAAGCAGGGAUAGAAGUGUGCGUUUCUUUUCUAUACCUUGCAUUCGUAAAAAUCAAGGGAAACUGGAAUCGGAUGUUGUGAAACGCAGAAGAGAAGUCUGGUUGAAAAGACUUCAUCUUGUUGGCAAAAAAAUUACGAAUAACAUUAGAGUUUGUAAUGCACAUUUUGUUCUAGGAAAACCUUUUUACUACACUGGAGAAACACACCCAGACUGGGCCCCAUCCCUGAAUCUUGAAAAAGUGUAUUUUAACGCUAAGUCAGCCAUGGAUAGAGAGUCAAGAAGAGUCAUUUUAAAUGUUCAAAGAGCAUUUCAAGAAAUGGUACAAGAACCCGAACAAGUGCCAAUUGAAAAUGUGCACCUUAAUGAGGAAGUGGUUAAUAUUUCAUUAACUGAAGGUCAUCAAGAACUUUUCCCUCAACUGUGUACUGAAGCUGAAUCUCAACAUUCUGUGUUGUUAUCUGAAACGAAGGAAAAAGACUCUUUUGAAAUGGAUAAAUUGAAAAUUGAACUCUCCACAGUGAAAGAAGAACUAGAAUUUUACAAAAUGAAGACCAACUCAUUGACUAACGAGUUACAAAAGUUGAAUAGUGAAUUCCAGUCCUCCAUUGAAAAAUCCAAAAAGUCUGACUUCUUUGAAAGAUGUCAGGGUAGUGAUUACUGGAUGAAAACUUACACCAGCCUGAAUACUUGCACGCUGUUUGAAAGCCUAUUCCGUGCUCUUGAGCCAGCAGUUGCCAAUUCCAUUCAUGCUCAAGAUCUAUCUUAUCGUGAACAGUUAUUUCUUACUUUGGUGAAGCUCACUCAUGAUAUGACAGAAGAUGACUUGGCCUUCCGGUUUAAAAUUUCACAAAGCACCGUAUCAAGAUAUUUUCAGAAAUGGAUAAAUAUUAUAGACCAACGACUUGGCCGGCGCAUGAUACAUUGGCCAAGCAGAGACACUUCGUUAUUGACGACGCCUAUAUGCUUUCACACGAAUUUCAGAAAUGCAGUAUGUGUUGUUGAUUGUUUUGAAGUGCAAACACAGAUUCCACACAUACCAUCACAGCAAUGUGCAACGUAUUCCUCUUACAAAAGUCGCAAUACUAUAAAAUAUUUCAUUGGAGCCACACCUCAAGGAAGCAUAUCCUUCAUUUCUUCCGGAUAUGUUGGACGGACUAGUGACAAGCACAUCGUACAAGAUAGUGAAUUUUUGAGCAAACUUAUUCCCGGAGAUGAAGUUCUCGCUGACAAAGGAUUUCGUAUUGCGGAAGACGUUGGAUUGUGUGGUGCAAAGUUAACAACUCCAGCUUUCGUAAAAAAAAAAUCACAGUUAACGUAUCGAGAAACGGAACAUUCAAGGAAAGUGGCUAAUGUUCGCAUUCAUAUUGAGAGAAUAAUUGGAUGUUUACGCAUGCGAUUUAGAAUGUUGGUGGGUCCAGUUAACAUUUCAUAUUUGCGUUGCCACGUUAAUAACGUUAGUUUCUAUGAUCAAAUAGUCCGUGUUUGUUGUGUGUUGGCUAACAUGAAUCCAAGCGUUGUACCGCCUGGUUAAAAAUAAAUUAAUUCGUCUUCGA